GUUUGCGUCCUGACACUCGCAAGAAUCGCAGACCCUUUGGGAGCAAACAGGAGUCCAAAAAAUCAAAGCACUAGAAGAACUGUGACCCCUCUUGCUCUCUCUCUCUCUCUCUCUCUCACUCUCACAGAGGACUGCAGCUGAUAGCUGGCUAGCCAUUUUUAGUUUAAAUGGUCAAGAAGAAGAGCAACCAUUUUGGGUCCAUAAGAUCAAUUUUCAUGCAUGCAGACCGCGUAGAUUGGUUGUUAAUGGUUCUUGGGUUCAUUGGAUCUGUUGGUGAUGGCUUCUCCACCCCGCUUGUGUUGUUUGUUACAAGCAGAUUGAUGAAUAAUAUCGGCGGUUCAUCAUCUUUUCAGAGUGAUUUCUCUCACAACGUUAUUAAGAAUGCACUGACGCUGUGCUGCGUGGCUUGUGGGCAAUGGGUUGUUUGUUUCCUAGAGGGAUACUGUUGGACAAGGACAGGAGAGAGACAAGCUACCAGAAUGAGAGCAAGGUAUUUGAAAGCAGUGCUGAGACAAGAUGUAGGUUAUUUUGAUUUGCAUGUAACAAGUACAGCAGAGGUCAUCACAAGUGUCUCUAAUGAUAGCUUCAUAAUUCAAGAUGUUCUAAGUGAAAAGGUGCCAAACUUUUUGAUGAACGCUUCUAUGUUCAUGGGUUGCUAUCUUGUUGGGUUCUUAGUGCUUUGGCGGCUAGCAAUCGUGGGAUUUCCUUUCAUUGUCAUGUUGGUAAUUCCUGGUCUAAUGUAUGGGAGGACUUUGAUGGGUUUGGCAAGAAAGAUCAAAGAAGAAUACAACAAAGCAGGUGCAAUUGCAGAGCAGGCAAUAUCUUCCAUCAGGACUGUCUAUGCGUUUGUUGGAGAGUCCAAAACCAUAGCUGCAUACUCUGAAGCUCUUGACUUUUCAGUGAAAUUGGGGCUCAAGCAGGGCCUGGCUAAGGGCUUAGCCAUUGGCAGUAAUGGUAUUGUCUUUGCUAUUUGGUCUUUUAUGUGCUAUUAUGGAAGCAGAAUGGUCAUGUAUCAUAAUGCUCGUGGAGGGACUGUUUUCGUUGUUGGUGCCUCAAUUGCUAUGGGUGGAUUAGCCCUUGGUGCUGGUUUAUCCAACGUUAAGUACUUCUCAGAAGCAUGUACAGCAGGAGAACGGAUCAUGGAGGUGAUAGAAAGAGUUCCCAAAAUAGAUGUAGAGAACAUGGAAGGUGAAACUUUGGAAAAUGUAAGAGGUGAAGUAGAUUUCAAGCAUGUAGAAUUUGCAUAUCCAUCAAGACCAGAAAGCAUAAUCUUCAAAGAUUUUAGCCUAAAAUUUCCAGCAGGGAGGACUGUGGCAUUGGUGGGGGGUAGUGGGUCGGGGAAAUCAACAGUAAUAGCACUGUUGCAAAGAUUUUAUGACCCACUUGGUGGGGAAAUACUUCUUGAUGGGGUGGCCAUUGACAAGUUGCAACUCAAGUGGCUAAGGUCACAGAUGGGUUUGGUGAGCCAAGAGCCAGCGCUAUUUGCAACCAGCAUUAAGGAGAACAUACUUUUUGGCAAAGAAGAUGCCACAAUGGAAGAGGUGGUUGAAGCUGCCAAAGCUUCUAAUGCUCACAAUUUCAUAUGUCAGUUGCCUCAGGGGUAUAACACCCAGGUUGGCGAGAGAGGAGUUCAAAUGUCAGGAGGUCAAAAACAACGAAUUGCUAUUGCAAGAGCAAUAAUCAAAGCACCAAGAAUCCUCCUCCUUGACGAGGCAACAAGCGCAUUAGACUCAGAAUCUGAACGCAUUGUCCAACAGGCACUGGACAAAGCAGCCGUUGGACGCACCACCAUCAUCAUAGCUCACCGUCUCUCGACUAUCCGAAAUGUGGAUUUAAUAACUGUGGUCCAAAAUGGCCAGGUGAUGGAAAUGGGUUCUCAUGAUGAAUUAAUGGAAAUUAAAGAUGGACAUUACACAACCUUAGUCCGUCUUCAACAAACAGAAAAAGGAAAAACCAAUGAGGAUGAUCAGUACCAUAUACCAUCUUCAUCUUUGAUAUCAAAAAUAGACAUGAAUAAUACAAGCAGUCACAGGUUAUCAAUGGUGAGUAGGUCAAGCUCGGCCAAUUCAAUGACUCCAAGUCGAUCGUCAGUGGCUGCAGAAAAUACACUAUUAGAGGAGCAAAAAUUUCUGGUACCCUCAUUUCAAAAACUGCUAGCUUUGAAUUUGCCAGAAUGGAAACAAGCAAGCUUCGGGUGUUUGGGUGCAAUCUUAUUUGGAGGUGUUCAACCCUUAUAUGCAUUUGCAAUGGGGUCAAUGCUAUCUGUAUAUUUUUACACAGAUCAUAACGAGAUUAAGAAGCAAAUAAGAGUUUACUCAUUAUGCUUUCUGGGGCUCGCAGUAUUCUCAUUGAUCAUCAACAUUGUUCAGCAUUAUAAUUUUGCAUGUAUGGGCGAGUACUUGACUAAGAGGAUAAGAGAGAGAAUGCUUACAAAGAUACUCACUUUUGAAGUUGGGUGGUUUGAUCAAGAUGAGAACUCAAGUGGGGCAAUUUGCUCUAGACUGGCCAAAGAUGCCAAUGUGGUAAGAAGUCUAGUGGGUGACAGAAUGGCUCUUGUUGUACAAACAGUCUCAGCUGUAACCAUAGCCUGCACAAUGGGCCUUGUAAUUGCUUGGAGGCUUGCUGUUGUGAUGAUAGCAGUCCAACCAAUCAUUAUUGUCUGUUUUUAUACCAGGCGUGUACUACUCAAAAGCAUGUCUCAGAAGGCCAUUAAAGCCCAAGAUGAAAGCAGCAAGCUUGCAGCAGAGGCCGCGUCCAACCUCCGAACCAUCACUGCCUUCUCCUCCCAAGAUCGAAUCCUUAGAAUGCUCGAAAAAGCCCAAGAAGGCCCACUAAGAGAAAGCAUUAGACAAUCAUUGUUUGCAGGUGUUGGGCUUGGCUCCUCUCAAAGCCUAAUGACAUGCACUUGGGCCCUUGAUUUUUGGUAUGGUGGAAAGCUCAUUUCUAAAGGGUACAUCUCAGCAAGAGAUCUAUUUGAGACUUUCAUGGUCUUGGUAAGCACAGGCCGCGUCAUAGCCGAUGCUGGAAGCAUGACUACUGAUUUAGCCAAGGGGUCGGCUGCUAUUGGGUCUGUCUUUGCUGUGUUGGAUCGAUAUACAAAAAUUGAGCCCGAAUACCCCGAGGGGUUCAAGCCCGAAACGAUAAUGGGCCACGUAGAGCUAAGAGAUGUGGAUUUUGCAUACCCAGCUAGGCCUGAUGUGAUAAUCUUUAAAGGCUUCUCAAUCAAAAUCGAAGCAGGGAAAUCAACAGCAUUGGUGGGACAAAGUGGAUCAGGAAAAUCAACCAUCAUAGGGCUAAUUGAAAGAUUUUACGAUCCAAUAAGGGGCACAGUGAAAAUAGAUGGUCGAGAUAUCAAGUCAUAUCACUUGAGGUCAUUAAGAAAGUACAUUGCUCUAGUAAGCCAAGAACCCACAUUAUUUGCUGGUACCAUAAGGGAAAACAUUGUAUAUGGUACAUCAGAUAAAAACGAUGAAUCGGAGAUCAUCGAGGCCGCCAAGGCAGCCAAUGCUCAUGAUUUUAUUACAGGAUUGAAAGAUGGCUACGACACGUGGUGUGGGGGCAGGGGAGUACAACUAUCAGGUGGGCAGAAGCAGCGAAUUGCCAUAGCCCGCGCAAUACUGAAAAAUCCUGCAGUGUUGCUGCUGGAUGAGGCGACCAGCGCCCUUGAUAGCCAGUCAGAGAAGGUGGUGCAAGAUGCACUGGAGCGAGUGAUGGUUGGAAGAACAAGUGUGGUUGUGGCUCAUAGGCUGAGCACCAUCCAGAAUUGUGAUCUUAUUGCUGUUUUAGAUAAAGGUCAGGUGGUAGAGCAGGGGACACACUCAUCCUUAUUGGCAAAGGGACCAGCAGGAGCUUACUUCUCAUUGGUAAGCCUCCAGAGGAACUCACAUAACAGCAGCACUACUACUAGCUAUGCAUUUAAUUGAGCGGAUGAUUUUUUUUUUUUUAUAAAUAUAAUUUUACCUUGGUUUUUGUUGCCAUCAAAAUGGUUUAAAACUGUGAACCAUCUCCUUGAAAGAGGAUGGCAAUUCUUCAUAUAUUGUGUGAUAAUGUAGGAUAUUUAAACUCUGAUAAUUAUGAUAAGUUUAUAUGUUAAUUGUAUACGAUAAAUGAUGAGAAUGCUUUUUUUUUGGCCAAAUACAAAAGGAUUCAUUAGAUGGAAAAAGUCCAAGGUCAAAAACACUAUACUUACAGGUUCUAGGCGAACACAUAUCAUCCAGAGUCGGAGCCUUAGACUUGAUGCACCGACUUGACUCCAAAGGACCAAACCACUGAAUUUACAAGUUGCUGUGUUCCUAGUUCCAAAAGAAAAGCGACCAUCAUAAGUGGGGACUGUAAGGUGGUGG